AUGACUGCCGGUGCCCUAAGCCCUAGCGGUUCCUGUUGGGUUUAUACUCCGGUCAACUUUUUCUCCCCAGCUUGCACAAACACAGCGUUCAAUAUGGACGACGACGAUGCCCCACCCCAGCUGGUUGACAUCUCGACCGCCCCCGAUGUGGCCCCGCCAUCGACGUCACUAGACACGCCGCCUCAGAACCGCGUGCCCAUCACGCUUGUGACUGGCUAUCUGGGAGCCGGCAAGACCACUCUCCUCAACUAUAUCCUCACCGAGAAGCAUGGCAAGAAGAUUGCCGUGAUCAUGAACGAGUUCGGUGACUGUAAGACACAACCCAUACACUUUUCCUCUCACUAUAUAAACAACAAACAAAACAACCCAAUUAACACCCACCCAGCAACCGACAUCGAGAAACCCCUAACCGUCAACCAAGACGGUCAAGAAGUGACCGAAUGGAUGGAAGUCGGCAAUGGCUGCAUCUGCUGCUCCGUCAAAGACAACGGCGUCAUGGCCAUCGAAUCCCUAAUGGAACGCCGCGGCGCCUUCGACUACAUCCUACUUGAAACAACAGGACUCGCCGACCCAGGCAACAUCGCCCCAGUCUUCUGGGUCGACGACAACCUGGGAAGCAGCAUCUACCUCGACGGAAUCGUCACACUGGUCGACGCCAAAAACAUCCUGCACCUGCUCGACGAGCCCACUCCGGAAGAAACCGUCUCCAGUCACGGAACCGCCGAAUCCGAAUCCAACCAUACGCACACGCACACCGGCCCCGUCCUCUCCAUGGCACACAUGCAAAUCUCGCACGCCGACGUAAUCAUCAUCAACAAAGCCGACCUCGUCACAGCAGACGAACUCGCCACAGUCCAAGACCGCGUGACGGCCAUCAACAGCGCAGCUAAAAUCCACAUCACGGAUCAUAGCAAAACGCCGAAGAUAGAGGGCGUGGUGUUGGAUUUGCAUGCGUAUGAUCAUUUGGAUUCGUUGGAUUUUGCUCAGAAGGGACAUAGUCAUAUGGAUCCGUCCAUCUCAACCAUCGCCCUCACUACACCCCCCAUCACCCCGGCCCAAGUAUCCCGCGUGGACACCUGGCUUCAAUCCGUCCUCUGGGACUCUGUCAUGCCGCUUGCGGAGGAAGUAUCUGGGCCGACGGGAUUCGAUAUCCAUCGGUUAAAGGGGAUUCUGGUGCUGAGUGAUGGGUCGACGAAGAUUAUUCAGGCAGUGCGGGAUGUUUUUGAGAUUAGGGAUUCGGAGCCGGCGGAUGGGAAGAACCAGUGUAAGAUUGUUUUGAUUGGACGGGGGUUGGGUGGUGCUGAUGGGGGGAGAGCGUGGCAGAGGAGUUUGGAGGAGUGGUUGGGCCGGUAG